CCCCACGAGCGGCCCGCGCCCCCCGAAAGCCACCGGCGCCCCCCGGGUCCCGAUGGGCUGCAGCCGCCUCCUGCUGUCCUGCCUGCUCCCUCUCCACUGCUGGCUGGCCGCCACCGGGGCCCCAGAGCCGUUCCAGUCCAGGAAGCAAGGUGACUAUGGCAUGGUCGUGCCCUUCAGUGUGGACCACCUGGGACGCUUCGUUUCACAUGUGGUGUCGCGCCCCAUGGUGAUGACCCCUGCAGGAGCUGGGAGUGGCCCGUCUGGCCUCUGGUCAUCGCACCCGGCCUCUCCCACCCCCUGGUCUUCGCCACACCGCAUGCCCCGCAGCCCUCCACACCAUGGUGGCCCGAGGCAGCCCUCCCUCUACUUCAACGUCACUGUGUUCGGGAAGGAGUUGCAUCUGCAUCUGCGGCCUAACCGGCGACUGGUGGCCCCGGGUGCCUCGGUCGAGUGGCACGAAGAUUUCCGGGAGAGGCGCCGGGAACCCCUGCCGCGGGGCUGCCUGUUCAGCGGCGGCGUAACCGGCAUGCCCGGGGCAGCUGUUGCCAUCAGCACCUGUGACGGACUGGCCGGCCUGAUCCGGACGGACAGCAGCGAGUACUUCAUAGAGCCUCUGGAGUGGGGACGGCAGGAGGAGGAAGAGAAGGGGAGAGCUCACGUGGUCUAUCGGCGGACGGCUCUGAGGCAGGAGGGAGUGGAGCCUCAGCAGGACCUCCACAACGAAGUUCCCGCCUUUCUGUUGGGUGACUUCCCCAGCCUGCUGGACUUGAUUGAAGACCAGCUGGGAGAAGCUGACCGCAAGCGGCGACACACCAAGAAGGACAACUACAACAUCGAGGUGCUGCUGGCUGUAGAUGACUCGGUGGUGCGUUUUCACGGAAAGGAGCAUGUCCAGAACUACGUCCUCACCCUCAUGAACAUAGUGGAUGAGAUUUAUCAUGAUGAGUCCCUGGGAGUUCACAUCAACAUCGCGCUAGUCCGGAUGAUCAUGGUGGGCUACAGACAGUCUGUGAGCCUGAUUGAGCGCGGGAGCCCAUCCCGGAGCCUGGAGCAGGUGUGUCGCUGGGCCCAUGCCCAGCAGCGCCCGGACCCCAGCCACGCCGAGCACCACGACCAUGUCGUCUUCCUCACCCGCCAGGACUUUGGGCCCGCAGGUAUGCAAGGAUACGCCCCUGUCACGGGCAUGUGCCACCCCCUGCGCAGCUGCACCCUCAAUCACGAGGAUGGCUUCUCCUCGGCCUUUGUGGUGGCCCACGAAACCGGCCACGUGUUGGGUAUGGAGCAUGAUGGCCAGGGGAACCACUGCGCCAAAGAGACCACCAUGGGCAGCAUCAUGGCACCGCUGGUGCAGGCCGCGUUCCAUCGCUACCACUGGUCCCGGUGCAGCAAGCAGGAGCUCAACAGAUACAUCCACUCCUAUGACUGCCUGCUGGAUGACCCCUUUGAGCCCCAGUGGCCCCAUCUGCCCGAGCUGCCGGGCACAGACUACUCCAUGGAUGAGCAGUGCCGCUUUGACUUCGGGGUGGGCUACAAGACCUGCACAGCCUUCAGGACCUUUGAUCCUUGCAAACAGCUGUGGUGCAGCCACCCUGACAACCCUUAUUUCUGCAAGACCAAGAAAGGGCCCCCACUGGAUGGCACCGAGUGCGCGGCUGGCAAGUGGUGCUUUAAGGGCCACUGCAUCUGGAAGACAUCGGACUCUUCAUACGGCCAGGACGGCAGCUGGGGAUCCUGGACCAAGUUUAGCUCCUGUUCCAGGACAUGUGGGGGAGGGGUGCGCUCCCGCAGCCGCAGUUGCGACCACCCUCCACCGGCCUACGGGGGACGCCAGUGCCCAGGGGCCAUGUAUGACUACCAGAUCUGUAACAGCGAGGAGUGUCCCGGGCCCUACGAAGACUUCCGUGCACAGCAGUGUGCCAAACGCAACCCCUACUACACCCAUGAGGGUGCCAAGCACUCCUGGCUUCCCUUUGAGCAUGAGGAUGACUCCCAGAAGUGUGAGCUGAUCUGCCAGUCUGAGGGCACUGGGGACAUCGUGCUGAUGAACCAGGUGGUCCACGAUGGCACCAGGUGCAGCUACCAAGACCCAUACAGCGUCUGUGCCCGAGGCGAGUGCGUGCCCGUCGGAUGUGACAAGGAAAUCGGGUCCGUGAAGCAGGAUGACAAGUGCGGCGUGUGCGGUGGGGACAACUCCCACUGUCGGACAGUGAAGGGGACCCUGGCCAGGUCCCCCAAGUCCUUGGCAGCAGGGACACUGAAGUUGUUGGAGAUCCCGGCCGGAGCCAGACACCUUCAGAUCGAGGCGACGGAGCCUGGGCCCCACAGACUGGCGGUGAAGAACCAGGUCACGGGAAGCUUCAUCCUGGACCCCAAAGCCAGAGAGUCCCGGAGCCGAGCAUUCAUCGCGUCAGGCCUGGAGUGGGAAUACGCUGUGGAGGGUGACAGGGAGAGCCUCAAGACCAGUGGGCCCCUGCACGAACCCGUCGGUAUCCUGCUGGUGCCCCAGGGCACCCCAGAAGGGCAGAGCAGCCUGGUAUACAAAUACACCGUCCACGAGGACCUGCUGCCCCUGAUUGGAAACAACCACGUGCUGCUGGAGGAGACGGACUCCUACCAGUGGGUGCUCAAGAGCUGGUCCCAGUGCUCUAAGCCCUGUGGCGGAGGCAUUCAGUUCACCAAGUAUGGCUGCCGGCAGAAGAGCAGCAGUCGGCUGGUGCGCCGAAACUUCUGUGACCUUGGCAAGAAGCCCAAACCAAUCCGCCGGCGCUGCAACCCCCAGGACUGCUUGCAGCCCGCGUGGGUGGCGGGUGAGUGGGGUCCCUGCAGCCGGAGCUGUGGCAAGCUGGGUGUACAGACCAGGGUGGUCCAGUGCCUCCAGCCGCUCCUCAACGGCACCAACCACACUGUGCAUGCCAAGUACUGCCUGGGAGACCGCCCUGACCCGCGGCAGCCGUGCCAGCGCCUGCCCUGCCCUGCCAAGUGGAGAACUGGAGCCUGGUCCCAGUGCUCUGCCAGCUGCGGGGAGGGCGUCCAGCAGCGCCAGGUGGUGUGCCAGGCCAGCGGCCACAGCAUCGGGCAGUGCGAGGGUGACAAGCCAGAGCCCGUCCAGAUGUGCCACCUGGCCCCGUGUCCAGGGAAGCUGCCAGGUUCCACGGCCCGCACCGACACCAGCGAGCAAGUAACCCCAAGGGUGCAGGGGGAGCGUGAGGACCGGCCCCAGAACCCUGUGGUCAAGAUUUCUUCCAAGGAGCCCUGUCAGGGGGACAAGUCCAUCUUCUGUCAAAUGGAGGUCCUGGCCCGCUACUGCUCCAUCCCAGGCUACAGGAAGCUAUGCUGCGAAUCCUGCGAUAGGAAGGAUUGGGCCGCCCCCAGUCAGUCUCCUGGGCUGGACCCAGAAGGCAGCCCCCUACCCAGCCCUGUUCCACCCCUGCUCUCCUCCCCGGCCUCCCAGAGGCCCCAGCCUGGUUCCAGUUCCAAGACGGACUCUUCCCAGGCCACUUUGGGCCCUCUGGCCGGAACGGAUGGCUCAGCUGCCUGCUGGGCCCAGCCGGGGCACCCUGCCACCCGCUCCCCAAACCCUGGGGGCUCUGGAGACUCCACCGCUGAGCCCCAGGGACCCCGGCAGCCAAGGGCCAGCCCCUUAGUCCUACCUCGGAGCCCCUCACCCCCAGGAACCCUGAGUCAGCACAGGUCAGCGCCUGCCCUCUCCGAGGCAGCAAGGCAAAAGAGCACUGAGCCUGGAACGACAGAGCCACUGGGCACCAGACUCCGGACCACCUCGCCCAUGGGGACGUGACACCUCCUUCUGACAGUCUCUUUCUUCGACCUAUGGGCGGGGGGCUCAGCUGCCUGCAAAGGGGCCAACCAUGGGACCACAGGACCACAAGAGGAGGAAGAGCAGAGGAAACAGAGGCUCCAAUUCUCAAGAUUUGAUUAUUAUUUUUUUGGACUGCGGCUCCUUAGGGACUCAUGAGGGACAAACAAGGAGACAGGUAGAAAGCAAGGCAGGGGCAGGAGGAAAAUGGUCAGAGGAGCAUCAGCAAGAAGAAGGGGGCCUCAAGUCAGUUCUGUCUCUGGUGACCAGCUAUACCUCAGGGGCCCCAUGCUAGCACCAGGUUGGCAGGACAUGCCUGGCCUAGUGGGCUCUGACCAGGGCAUUCUUCAGUCAAAUCGGGAACAGAUUCCCCACCAA